AUGUACUCGUUCGGUAUGGUGUUGUCCGAUGGUGCUGUUCCCUUCAGCGACACCAAGUUUGACUUUGAAGAUCCAAUCCAUCGUCCGUCAGCACCCAAAGCCGCUGAGAUUUUUAACACGAUUCUGGACAACAUGUCGAAGGACUCGGAUGAUUUUGCCACAAUGGCGUCAGUAUCUGGCUCCGAAUACACGAACAGCAUCUUUUCGUCCUUGCGAAAUGGCGACGGUACAUCUGAUCUGGAUCACCGUCCCAGCUCUAUCCUGGGUCCGCGUGUGACGAGCUUUUUUCGCGGCCGGUUCUCUGUCCGCAGCAGCAGUGGCAGCUAG